GUGGAAGGGGCUAACAGCGGGCCUGUUAGCUAAAGGAGCAAGAAGAAGCUGAGAAGAAAGAAGAAGCUGAUAAGGACCUCUCUCCAAGGCUGUAACCAAGGAGACCAAGAGAAUUGAGGGACUGAAGAAAGAUAAGAACUUCGCAGCUGCAUGAAGUAUAUUUAGAAAGUUAGUUAAGUCACUGUAACUUUUCACCAAUGGUGUUAUGUUGAUUUAUUGUAUCCAAUAGUUAGGGUAGAAGAAGCAUAAACAAUUAAAAAGUGUAUAAAAGGUCAGCCAUGUUCAAUAAUAAACUGUUGCCAUCUGAAACUGCUUGUGGUCCCUGCUUUGUGUCGUGACCGCCUCAACAACGACAUUUGGUGAUCCCUGACGUGAUACAAGACCCUUAACAAGAUACUCGGGAUCCUAGCAAUUGGCAACCGUGACCCACUGGGACGUAGUGGGGGAGGCGGCGUUGGUGUAGCUGAGAGUGGCCGGUGAAAGCCACAGGGAGGUCCGGACCUGAUUUUCUCCUAUCAAGACACCUGGAAUUAGGUGAGCCACCAACUAGCGAUAAUGGGAAAUAAUUUAUCUAAAGAGGAAGAAAGUGUUUUGGCUACAUGGAAAGUUUUGUUAAGAAAUAAGGGAAUCUUUACUUCAGACUAUGCCCUUCAAAGUUUAUUGCUGUGGGCUAAAUCACAGGGUUUUGGCACGGACCCUGGUACAGCAUAUAGUGUUAAGGCAUGGAAAAAAGUCGGGGACAGACUGUGGGAAGUUAUCCGAGCGGGAGAUAAAAGUGUUGUCGAUCUAGCUGUUACCUGGGGAUCACUCUUUGAGGCAUUGAAACAAUGGAAAACAGAGCAGAAACAAGCAGAGCGGGAUGUGGACGAAGAAUCGGGGUUGACAAUAGAAACUGACGGGGGGGAUGAGGCAGACGGGGCCUCUGAUGGGGAACUUGCUGAAACUGUCCUUGAAGAAGGUGCAGGUGCUGUGGAAGUUGCCAGGCAGGCUACCAAGGCUUCCGGGAAAGCUGCCAGAGUUUCUAGGCCAGCUGCCAAAGCUUCUGGGAAAGCUGCCAAAACUUCUGGGAAAGCUGCCAAAGCUUCUGGGAGAACUGCCAAAACUUCUGGGCAAACUGCUGUGGCAUCUCCUUAUCAGACUCCUAAACCUCUGUAUCUCACACCUGCGCAGCAGCUCGCGAUGGUGCCUGUAUACGAUACACCGCUACGCCAGCUAGCUGAACUGUCUUUAGCAGAGAGAGAAACCCAGCCAUCUGCCCCCCCGCUUCCCUCUGCUCUAGUCCAGCCAUCUGCCCCCCCGCUUCGCUUUCAACUGCAUGAACAGUCUGCAAGGUCGUAUCCUCCGUUACCUAGCAGUGACAGCGAAUCAAGUGACGAGUCACCCGCAGUAACACCUGAGUUGGGGCAAGGAACUCUUGUCAGUUUACCUUUUAAUAGCUCUAGCCCUACUGCCCCAUGGACUUUGCCUCCAUGUCAAGUAACUGUGCUUCCUCGACAUCCUCAGGAGUUUUGGGAAUUUGUUAGAAAAAAAGCAGUUGAAGAAAAUAAUUGGGACAUAAUAGAAAGAUUAGGUCCUCCAAAAGUACCUCAGGAGAAGAGUGCUGAUGUAAUUGCUGCCUGUACUAACCCUAUGGCUUUUCCAGUUUUUAAAGCAGCUCCUGGAACAAGGCAGGAUGACAGUCAUCAUGUCUUUGCCUAGAGUUGUACAAGAUCUCCAGUCGAAGAUCUCGGAAAACAGCUCCAGGACUUUAUGAGCUUUUUGCAGAUAUUAUCAUCAAGGGCCGCAGGCGUUGUCAUGAAAUUUUGGGACACGACCCUGUGACCAUUGUGAUACCUGUGCAACAGUG